AUGCCAAUAUCUCAGAAGGACAAAAUCACACAGGAAUUGGCCUUACAUCUACACACAGUCCUGAAUUACAGCUUUAACCAUUCAGCUGUGACCUUCCUAUCAGUUUGGAGUUGGAGACGGGAAUGGAUGUCGCAGAGGGAUGCACUUGGCCCAGAUGGACGUAGCGGGUACCAGCACGUCACCGCUCUGGCCCACGCCAUAGGAGAGCUGUGUCAUCACACGUAUGUGACGCAGCUAAAGGCCAGAGAGAUCGUCGCCUUGUGGGAGAAGCUGCUGGAUCAUGACAAGGCACCAGAUGCCUUCCCCCCGCGCCGGUUGGUGACAGGCCGCUUUAAGAGCUCGCGGUCAAGCAGCAUUGCCGGCGUGGACAGCGUGCAGCGUUCCUUUCUAGGCAAAGGUGCGGGCGCUGCUCAGUCCCCUAAAGUCAGCAGGCUGGUGGAGGCCAUCUUCCUGAAGCUGUGUGACGUCCACAGUGAGGGACGUUCACUGGGCGGGGUCCAGGACAGUCGCUGCGCUUCCGUCCUGAGGGACUACAACACCACCCGGGACGUUGUAGUCAGCUGCCCCACGCUGAUGACCAACACCUCCAUCCACCUCUACAACGUCAACCAGAAGACGCUCCUGACGUGGCACACAAUGAGGAGCAAGGGAAUGAUGUGGUCAGACCAAGAACAGACGGUAUGGCCACAGCAGUUACAGGGGAGAGUUCUUCUUUGCCACAUCGGAGGGUCGCUCUGUGGAUGACUGGUUGAAAGAGAAGAGACGACUGGAUCCGAAAUACCAGCAGCCGCGCAGGUGAAGAACAAUCCACGACAAUGCAUGUGACUCCUUUUCAUCUUUUUUCUAAUUGCAGGAGACACCAACUUCACGUGCAGCAUAGUGUCACCUGUAUAUAGUUUGUGUAAUUUGCUUACAUAUAUUUUGUGU